CUUGGGGAAGUCCCUUUAUUUUUACUAUCAUUUGUAUUAUCAUGGAUUUCGUUCCCAACGUGCUGGAAAACUUUCGACCGGAAUUUUGUGUCGAUACUUUUUGGUUUAAUGAGGAUGCGACGUGUCUAUUGUAUUUUUACGGGCCGAAAAGUAUCUGUAUUAUUAGUAGCGUUUGGUUAUCUAUUUAUACAACAUUGAAAAUUAUACGUUAUGAAAAGGACACAGCCCGUUGUCUGAGAGAUUCAGAAAGCAGAUUUUAUAAUGACAACAAGCGAUGGCUAAAUCUAUAUCUGAGACUGUUUAUUAUGUUGUUUAUCAUAAUAGCCAUAAAUUGGAUUAUAUCAUCGAACGGAUUUUGGCAAUUUGAUGAUUACGACGUUAAUUUGUUCAUUAAACUGUUGUACGUCCAUCGUAGUAUGUAUGUGAUGCACACCAUGCAAGAUAUCGGUAUGUUCAUCAUAUUCGUGUGUAAGAAGACAAUAAUGCGACAGCUAUUGAAGCGUUUCUGUCAGAAUUGCAAACGUUUUUCCAAAACUUCGACAUGAAACGAUUACAAUUUUGAAUAACUGUACUAUGCCAAGAACAAUUU